AAGUGAAUUGGUGUUACACUUUUGGUCUAGGGCCACCAAAACCCACAGCCAACGUUAAACGGGAGCCAUGAGGAUCCAGCGGCAUUUUGUGUUGGGUUUGCUCGGAGCGCUCUCUGUGGCCAUCGGAGGCAGCCAGGCCAAAGCUGUAGGAGAUCAGCAAACAGCCGAGUCCCAAGUGAGUAAUACCGCCGUUGCGGAGAAGCGCAUCGGUCACGGCUUUGGUCUAGGUCUUGACAUCGGCGUUGAUGCGCACGAAGUUCACGAGCAUGUACACGAACAUCACGAACAUCACGAGCACCAUGAACAUCACGAUCCUGGCUAUUGGAAGAAGAAAGUCACGUGGAAGGAGGGCUGGAAGAAGAUUUGGAAUCCUGCCAAGAAACAGAUUUGGAAUCCAUCCUGGAAAAAGAUUUACAAGCCACAUUGGGUGAAGGUUCCAGGCUGGAAGGAGAUUCAGGUUCCCGCUUGGAAGCAAGUUUGGGUGCCUCAUUGGAAAGAGAUUCUAGUGCCUGCCUGGAAGGAUAUUCAAGUGCCCGAUUGGAAGCAGUAUUGGACACCGGAACUAGUCAAGGUUGGCAUUCCCGGCGAAAAGUUCUUGGGCAAGGAUCACGAGGGCUGGGAGUAUACUAGCCACGAUCUGUGGAAGAAGAAGGUUGUCUGGAAGUCACACUGGAAGAAGAUCUGGAAGCCAGCCAAGAAACAAAUCUGGGUGCCUGAGAAGAAGCUCGAGUGGAAGGAAGCGUGGAAACAGUACUGGAAGCCAGCCAAGAAACAAAUCUGGAACGACAAACUGGAAUGGAAGGAAGCCUGGAAGCAAAUCUGGGUGCCCGGCUGGAAGGAAAUCUGGGUGCCUGGCUGGAAGAAAAUCUGGAAGCCCGUUGUGAUAUCCGAAUGGUUCCCCACACCCGAUCACCAUCACGAUCAUCAUCAUCACGACGCGGGCUGGGAUUGGGAUCGCAAGGACAACGCUGACAUUAAAGAAAAGGACAAAGUGGUGUGGAAACGUGAUGAUAGCAAUGCAUCAGCGCCAAAGCCAACGCAACUGAAGCCAGUGGCAAACAACGAUUUCCAAGCCAAGUCGCUGGAGGCGGCCAAAUCACCAGUUGUCGCCACAUCGCAGUCCUUUAAGUUUCCGGGCGCCUAGCAGCCUCAAGCCACUUAACUUAAUUACCAUAUAUGCCACCCACCCGAAUCCAAGCUCCAUGUAAAUAGUUGCACACCAGUCGUUAGUUUGUAAGAUUGUUCGUUGCAUUGGCGUUAAGCGUCACUUUAAAUUAUCGCUAGACUUAAACAGUGUUUAAUUAACAAAUAAAUAAAUAAAUAAAUAAAUACAUAUAAUAAUAGUUGUAAUAGUUGUAA